GCUGUUUGCGGAUGCCCUUCGUUUUUUUUCUGAGGCAAGAUAAUACGCUUGUAUCCGCCAGUCGCUCCAUCGAUUUAACUAUCAAUCUUUUUUCCUGCCUACUAGGACCUUUUGCGUCCGGUUAGUGGGUUUGCCGUGCGAUAUGACUGCCGCCCGGGCGAUAAAGUUUGUUACGCUUAUUUUUCGGUUACUGCAGCUGCUGUUGGCAGCGUAUAUUGUCGGUGUCGCGGGUUAUCACACCUGGGAAUUCGCGACGAAUAGGCUCUCACUUACCGACGCUUCCAGCGGACAACCUCCCAAAGCUCUUUACACCAUUUUUGUCAUUUCCUGCGUAACCGUUCUUUACACCUCCCUAUCGCUAUUCACGACAUGCUUCGGGCACAAGAAAUUUUUCCUCGCCACCCUGAUCAUGGAUUUCCUCCUGCUCGGUGGCUCCAUCGCCAUCUCUAUCCUCAUGCGCGGUUCUCCAAACAUGAGUUGUGAUCCGCUGGAAUACUCCGAUAGCAUCACUUCCUCGUCGAACGACUUUCCUUCGAAUAUCUAUCGAUCAAGCGGUGGCAGUGGGAACCUCGCCGGGACACUCUGCCAGCUGGAUAAGUCUGUUUUCGCCUUCGCUGUGGCCUUGAGCGUUCUCUUCCUCAUAACCCUCCUCCUCUCCUACCUUGCGCUGAGAAACCACCGCAAGAACCGCGCAUUUGGCCCCGGCCCGGAGAACGGUUACUCGACCCGCAACAACCAGGCCCCCCGCUCUUGGAAGCGUAACCCUUUCAAUAGGACUAGCGAGGAAACCGCACACACACAUAAUACCAACAUGAGCGGAGUAGCCGCUGGAAUGGCAUCCCACGAUGACCACGGAUACGAGCACCGGCCUUCAGAGUUGGGACGUGGAUAUAGGAAUUCGAGGCAGACGCCAACGUUGAAUCCGCCGGAGGAACCGGGGCCGAAUGUUUCCCCGGAUUAUGGAAGAGUUGCGCCCCAUCAAAUGUUUUGAGUUGGGCUGUUGGAGGACUGUGGUGUGUAAACGGUUUGAUUCGAUGGUUUGGGCGGUGGGUGUAGAGGAAUUUUUUCUUUUCUUUCGGAAAUACAAAUCAGCUUUUGGACUUAUAUGAUACCUGUUUCCUGCGCUUGGAUCAUUUCCGAGAACUUGGAAGUUUGGCGGUCAGGUCGGAACUUGUGUAAAAAAAAAAAAUCCAGCUAGGGUGAGUCACUGCGACCGAAAUGAUCACGAUUUCUCUAGC